AUGGAAGUUGGUCAUGCCCCCGACCUGACACCCGAUAUGCCCUUGCCUGCGCCAACGACUAUUACAAUUAGGUCGCUCCGUCCAUGUCGGAGUAGAGGUCCUUCUGCACAUUCCAAUUCAAUUUCCCGGUCUGCAACAGCAUCAAGCUCUCAGUCUCGCGCCAACUCAGUUGGCCCCUCGUCCAUGGCGCUCUCAGAUGAAGCUGAUCCGGGACUUAUGACAGCUGUGCAUGCGGACGCCGACUCAGCUAGAAGUGCCGGGGAGGCUUCGCUCGAACAACAGCCCAUGGACAUGGUAUGGGAGCCGGAUGACGGGCCUAUCGAACGCCCGCGGAAGAGGCGCAGAGUGGACGACCAACAUUAUUGCUCUGCGUAUGAUGAGUCCGCUCCGGACGCUCCACCGCUGUUCACAGCUUUGCCUUCCAUUCGCUCUUCCAGCGGAUCCGCUGAAGAUGAUAUGGAGCCCACAUUUGUCGAGGCCGAACUUGGCGGAGGCUCGGUCAUAGGGCAGGGGUCCAGUCAUGCAGGCGUCUCGUCUGAGAAUUCUGGCAGCACAGCUAUACUCUCAGACGUUCCCAGCGGCUGUGAUACUCCAGGGAAAACCUCCCUAACUGUGAUGGCGCCUGUGGCGGGUCCCAGCCACGUCAGAAAUACAGCGGAUGAGGCUAAGGAGAAAAGCAGUUCAGUUGUAGAUCAAAACGACGGGCCUAUUGACGUGGACGCGCUCCCCGAUUCCCUGUAUCCACUUCCUUCCAGAGGACGCGGCAAGAGGCGAGCAGAAUCACUUGUCGCAGACGAUGAACCCUCCCAACAUGCAUCCUCCUCGAAGGAGCCCCUCAAAACUUCGGCCUGUGAACAAGCCACUUGUGGAGACGAACCUUUGUCAGAAUAUACGUGCCCUAUCUGCUUCACACCACCGAUGCGAGCAACCUUGACACCCUGCGGACAUAUUUGCUGUGGCGAAUGUCUGUUUACUGCUGUCAAAACGACGAUACAGCGCAAUAUGUAUACUGUACCCGCGAGCGAGCGAAUAGCUCGGUAG